UGAUUUAUAUUUAUUUACCCUUCUCUUGUCUCAUGCAAAUAAUCACUGAUCUGUGAAACUUUAAUCAGAAGGUAAUCAAGGACGCAUUUUUAGUGUGUAUGGUGAGCCGUGCGGGAUGGAAAGCAAUUCUAUCUACCCGCCUGAACUCCUGGAGACCAUCGAUUUUGGAAAGGAGCAUCUAGCUUCAUAUGAUCCUCCAAUUUCCUUGUCCAGCCCAGGACCUAACUUAGUUGUUAGACCACUUCAACGAUCGGAUUACAAUAAAGGAUACAUGGAUCUUCUUCUAUCUGCUCUCUAUGUUCGAGACAAUGGGAUAUCUCAGCAAGAGUUUGAAGAGAGAUGGGACAAAAUGAAAGCAAAUGGCGGAUCCUAUUACAUUACUGUUAUAGAAGAUACGUCCACACAGAAAAUUGUAGGCAACGCUGUUUUACAUGUGGAAUACAAGUUUCUUCAACCGAGUGUAAAGAGGGGUCGCCUUGAGGACAUAGCUGUUUUAAAAGAGUACCGAGGAAGGCAGCUAGGAAAACUGUUAAUGGACGUGACGACCAUUCUUUGUAAAAAGGUGGGAUGUUUUCGUGUCUCUCUGCACUGUAAGGACGACUUUGUUCCGCUGUAUCAGAAAUUCCGAUUUUAUAUAGAUGACGCUGAAAACAUCAUGUGGUUGGAUAAGAAAUUUUUACAAUCGUAGAGGUUGCCAAACGAGAUUGGGCUUUAUCGUCAUUACACUCAUUUACAUUGAUAAUAAGUCCUAAUAUGGUCUUGUAAGGUCUCUCAGGUUUGAAUCUUUCAGA